AUGGGUAGGACGAGAUUUGCCGUUCCGUUGUUUCUAGCUCUGUUCCACGCCCUGCUAUUGAAUACCCGGGGAGCACACACGGAAGGUCCCUCGACAGAAUCGCAACUGUGCAGCAGAUGUAGAAUCGCUCUUUCGGAGGGGGAGUACCAGCAGAGCGCGUCCUCUGCCUAUCGAUCUGAUAUAGGAUCAAAGGGGAAAAGCAAAGCUUCUGAGGAGCACCGAUCGAAGGUGGCCAAGAGGUGCAAGGAAGCGGCAACACAAGACCAGGAAAGAGGGACAGCAAAGGAGACAGUCAAGGAGGCAGCAAAGGAGACAGUCAAGGAGGCAGCAAAGGAGACAGUCAAGGAGGCAGCAAAGGAGACGGCAACCAAGCCGAAAAAUAAGCCGAAACCCGAACCGACUGCCAUCCCGACUGCCGAACCAACUGCCGAACCAACUGCCGAACUGACUACCAUCCCGACCGCCGUCCCGACUGCCGCCCCGACCCAUAGCGAGGCGGAAAAGGAUGAGUGCCCUCUGCCUUACGGGUGCAAGGAGUCGGACUUCUCCCUAGAAAUAACAACCAAAGAGCAGUUGAACUACCUGAUCUCAAGACUAGGGUGGAUUAUGACACAGAGAAAAGCAUACAUAGGAUAUUUUUAUUUUAUUCAAUACAUGAGGGGUUCAUUCAAAUUAUUGGAAACAAAAUUGUGGAACUUACUUCAAGACGCAGCAAUGAAAAAUAACAUAUCAGAAAAAUUAAAAAAAAAAAUUUGGGAACCAUGCAAAAACACACUAACUAGGGAACUAAACAGAUUGGAAAAAGAAUCUCUCAAAAAAUUUUCAAAAUUCAUGUUAGAGAAGAGCUUCUCUAUGUCCCUGAUAGAGAAAAUACUGUAUGCUAAGGAGACCAACAAAUAUAUCUACAUGCGUUCCUACGAUGAGCAUUUAGGGAAGGACGCAAAGGUGUGGUAUGAUGUGCUAGAGCAACAGGAAAAAUUUUGGAGUAAUAGGCUAUCCUACCAGGUGAACUCCUAUCAGGUGGCAGCCAUACGGUAG